AUGAUUUUCGCCAACGCGGUGGUCUUUGCCUUGGAGUCGCAGAACACAGGCAUGGAGUUUGGCUACAGCGUCUUCGGCGGAGAUUUACCUGGGCUUUUUUGGACAGGUGGGGACACCUUCUUUAAUGUCUUGGAGAUGUUCUUUGGCGUCGUCUUCACACUGGAGGUGGUGCUCAGGCUCUAUGUCCGGAGGUGUCACUUCUUUUGUGGCAUGUGGAAUUGGUUGGACUUCUUGAUCGUCUUGGUGUGGUUCAUCAGCAAGAUCGCCGAAGACGCCAUGCCCGUGAACUCCCAGGUCUUACGCUUGGCCCGGCUCAUCCGACUCUUUCGGCUUCUUCGCUUGGUCCGGCGCAUCCAGCAGUUCGACAGUCUCUAUUUGAUGUCCACAGCGAUCCGGAGUAGCUUUGGAAUUUUGGGCUGGACUGCUGCCUUGCUCUUCAUCAUCCAGAUGCUUUUUGCCUUGGUCUUGAACCAAAUCCUCUACGGUUUUUACUUCUCCGCAGAGAUUGCAACCUCAGGGAAUGAAGAGUUGAAAGACCGCUUCGAGCUGGUCUACACCUACUUUGGGACUUUCUCUCGUGCUCUUUUGACCAUGUUUGAAAUCACUUUGGCCAACUGGCCACCCGUGUGCCGUGCUUUGACGGAGAACGUGACCGAGUGGUUUAUGCUGUUCUUCUUGAUCCACAAAGUCACCAUGGGCUUUGCGGUGAUCGGCGUCAUCAACGGAGUCCUCAUGCAGGAAACCUUCAAGGUGGCGUCCUACGACGAUACCAUCAUGAUGCGCACAAAGCAGAAGGCCAUGCAGAACCACAUCAAGAAGAUGCAGCUCCUCUUCGAAGAGGCGGAUACCUCAGAAGAUGGGAAGAUUGACCUUGACGAAUUUAAGGAAAUUCUCGCAGAUUCGGAGUUGAAGGCCUGGCUGGGAGCCAUGGAGCUCGACAUCCGCAACGUGGGAGAAGCCUGGGACUUGUUGCAGGACGAAUGCAAAGACCGUUCGGGCGGGCUCACCGCCGAGCAGCUGGUCACCGGGGUGGCACGGCUGCAGGGCACUGCCAAGUCCUUAGACUUGAUGAAGGUCAUCCGAGAGCAGCGCCUGGGAAGAAACACAGAGAGCGUCGUGCGGGUGGGAGAGCUGGGAGAGCUGUGA